AUGCUGGUCCGUGCAGUUCAGACCAUAAACCUCACUCCCUGCUGGUAUCCAGCACAUACAUAUGUGGUCCUGUUCCUGUCGUUUCUCACCUCUCUUCUGACACCAAUUGCACCCAUGGAAACAGGAUGUCAUGUCUCUAUGCUGAGAUAUUUUCUCCUGCCUUGUUACCGGUGCCACGCCAUGGCUAGCUCACUCGGCUGCAUUAAGGCUACAGUAAUUGCUGUGCUGGGAGUCUUCUGGACUCAAGUUUAUUCAUAUGAAGUCUAUAGCCUCCCAGGAACAAACGGUGACUAUGUCCAGCAAACCGUGACUAUUAGCAAUGAACUUCAUAUUGCUGAUAUCCAUGUCCAUGCUGGGAUGUGCUCCUCUGAUACCAUUUUUGACUACAAACAUGGAUAUAUUGCUACAAGGCUGUUUUCCCGGAGGGCCUGCUUUAUCUUGAAAAUGGAGAAAGGAUAUAUCCCAGAGCUGGAAGAAAUUGGACGGCUUGCUUACGAGAAACAGAUGAUGAACAAGAUGUUUUCCCAAAAAAACCUGUGGGUGCAAUAUGAACCCAGUGAUUCUCUAUUCGGUGAAAUCAAGGAGUGGUUUAUCUUUGGUAAACCCAUUGAGAAACUCUGCAAAGGUGUGCCUGUCUUCAAGGUUCACAAGGUUGAAGGUGCCAUAAGAGCUGGUGGCUGUGCUAAGGCAGGAAUCCUGGGCAUUUUGGGCAUUUCAAUCUGCGGAAAGAUCAAUAUUUAG